AUGGGGGACAUGUCGAACAGCGAUUUUUAUGCCAAGAACCAAAUAAAUGAGGGCAACCAUGAGGCGGGCUUCGGUUGCUCGGUCAUGGAGCUGCGCUCCUUGAUGGAAAUGCGGGGCCCUGAGGCGGUGGUCAAGCUCCAGGACGACUACACCGGCACAGAGGGGCUGUGCAAACGACUGAAAACCUCACCCACAGAAGGUCUCGCAGGUGACCAAACUGACCUGGACAAGAGGAAAGAAAUCUAUGGUAAAAACGUGAUACCUCCAAAGAAGCCAAAAACCUUCCUGCAGCUGGUAUGGGAGGCCCUGCAGGACGUCACCCUCAUCAUCCUGGAGAUUGCUGCCCUGAUCUCCCUGGGACUCUCCUUCUACCACCCCCCCGGAGACAGCAGCGGAGAAUUCUGUGGCGCGGGUGCAGCUGGGGUGGAGGACGAGGGCGAGGCGGACGCCGGCUGGAUCGAGGGCGCCGCCAUCCUGUUGUCUGUGGUGUGUGUGGUGCUGGUGACAGCUUUCAACGACUGGUCGAAAGAGAAGCAGUUCCGUGGGCUGCAGAACCGCAUCGAGCAGGAGCAGAAGUUCCAGGUGGUCCGCGGCAGCCAGGUCAUACAGCUGCCCGUGUCAGACAUAGUGGUGGGGGACAUCGCUCAGAUCAAAUACGGUGAUCUGCUUCCUGCUGAUGGCGUGUUGAUCCAGGGCAAUGACCUGAAGAUUGAUGAGUCAUCACUGACCGGAGAGUCCGACCACGUCAAGAAGAACGCAGACAAAGACCCCAUGCUGCUGUCUGGCACCCAUGUGAUGGAGGGAUCAGGGCGCAUGGUGGUGACGGCUGUGGGGGUCAACUCUCAGACUGGAAUCAUCAUGACCCUGCUGGGGGCCGGCCCAGAGGAGGAGGAGAAGAAAGAAAAGAAAGGAGGGGCAGUGGAAGACGGACACCAGAAUACAGACUGCUCCCACCCCCCCAUCCACCCCAUCGCAACUAUAGCCACGGAUGGGGCUGCAGGCAUUAAUGCCCCUGGCAGUGCCAGCCUAAUUAAUGGUAAAAUGCAAGAUGGCAAUAUGGAGAGCAACCAGAUUAAAGUCAAGAAGCAGGAUGGAGCCGCUGCCAUGGAGAUGCAGCCUCUAAAGAGUGCUGAAGGUGGAGAGUCCGAGGAGAAAGAGAAGAAGAAGCAUACCGGUUCGAAGAAAGAGAAGUCUGUGCUCCAAGGGAAGCUGACCAAACUGGCUGUCCAGAUCGGCAAAGCAGGUUUGCUCAUGUCAGCCGUCACAGUCAUCAUCCUGGUCCUGUACUUUGCCAUUGACAACUUUGUGCUGCAGAAGCUGCCUUGGUUGCCAGAGUGCACUCCCAUUUAUGUCCAGUUCUUUGUCAAGUUCUUCAUCAUCGGUGUGACUGUGUUGGUGGUGGCCGUGCCGGAGGGGCUGCCGCUGGCUGUCACCAUCUCCCUGGCCUACUCCGUUAAGAAAAUGAUGAAAGACAACAAUCUGGUGCGUCACCUGGAUGCAUGUGAAACCAUGGGCAAUGCGACGACCAUUUGCUCCGACAAAACGGGCACGCUGACCACCAACCGCAUGACGGUGGUGCAGUGUUACAUCGGGGAUGUGCACUACAAAGAAGUACCAGAUCCCGCAGCUCUGCCAACCAAAUCAAUGGACAUACUGAUCAAUUCCAUCUCCCUCAACAGUGCCUACACCACCAAGAUACUGCCCCCAGAUAAGGAAGGCGGUCUGCCGAAGCAGGUUGGCAACAAGACAGAGUGCGGCCUGCUGGGAUUUCUCUUGGACCUGAAGCGGGAUUACCAGCCAAUCAGAAACCAGAUCCCAGAGGAGAAGCUUUACAAAGUCUACACCUUCAACUCUGUCAGGAAGUCCAUGAGCACUGUCAUCAAAUUGCCUGAUGGGAGCUUCCGCAUGUACAGCAAGGGAGCCUCUGAGAUCGUCCUCAAAAAAUGCAGCCAUAUCCUGAGCGAGGUAGGGGAGGUGAGGGUCUUCCGUCCACGGGACAAGGACGAGAUGGUGAAGAAGGUGAUUGAGCCCAUGGCGUGUGACGGCCUGAGGACCAUCUGUGUGGCGUACCGUGACUUCUCCAGUGACCCCGAGCCCGACUGGGAAGAUGAGAACAGCAUCCUGAAUGACCUCACCGCCAUCUGUGUUGUUGGGAUAGAGGACCCUGUCAGGCCAGAGGUGCCUGAUGCUAUCUUGAAGUGCCAGCAGGCAGGCAUCACAGUUCGCAUGGUGACAGGAGACAACAUAAACACAGCCAGGGCCAUAGCCAUCAAGUGUGGAAUCAUCCACCCCGGAGAGGACUUCAUCUGCAUCGAUGGCAAGGAGUUCAACAGGAGGAUCCGCAAUGAGAAAGGAGAGGUGGAGCAGGAGCGCAUUGACAAGGUGUGGCCUAAACUCCGAGUUCUGGCCAGAUCUUCCCCAACCGACAAACACACACUCGUCAAAGGCAUUAUUGACAGUACCUUAGGAGACCAGAGACAGGUGGUGGCUGUGACAGGAGACGGGACCAAUGAUGGACCUGCACUAAAGAAAGCUGAUGUCGGCUUCGCUAUGGGUAUCGCUGGUACAGAUGUGGCCAAGGAGGCGUCAGAUAUCAUUCUGACUGAUGACAACUUCAGCAGUAUCGUGAAAGCAGUAAUGUGGGGCCGCAACGUCUACGACAGCAUCUCCAAGUUCCUUCAGUUCCAGCUCACUGUCAACGUCGUGGCCGUCAUAGUGGCUUUCACCGGCGCCUGCAUCACACAGGACUCCCCCCUGAAGGCUGUGCAGAUGUUGUGGGUGAACCUGAUCAUGGACACCUUUGCCUCCUUGGCCCUGGCCACAGAGCCUCCCACCGAGUCUCUGCUGAAGAGGAAGCCGUACGGUCGCAACAAGCCUCUCAUCUCCAGCACCAUGACAAAGAACAUCCUGGGACACGGAGUCUUUCAGCUCAUCAUCAUCUUCACGCUGCUAUUUGCUGGUGAGAAGAUCUUUGACAUUGACAGCGGGCGUAAUGCUCCUCUCCACUCUCCUCCAUCUGAGCACUACACCAUCAUCUUCAACACCUUCGUCAUGAUGCAGCUCUUUAACGAGAUAAAUGCCCGCAAAAUCCACGGAGAGAGGAACGUCUUCGAUGGUAUCUUCAGGAACCCCAUCUUCUGCACUAUUGUAUUUGGCACCUUUGCUGCGCAGAUUGUGAUUGUGCAGUUUGGAGGGAAGCCAUUCAGCUGUCAGCCUCUGAACCUGGAGAAGUGGAUGUGGUGUAUUUUCCUCGGGCUGGGAGAGCUUGUUUGGGGACAGGUGAUAGCCAGCGUCCCCAACAGCAAGUUGCGCUUCCUGCGGAGGGCAGGCCAGUUAACUCGGAAAGAUGAUUUACCAGAGGAGGACACGAACGAAGAUAAUGACGAGAUUGACCAUGCGGAGAGGGAGCUGAGGAGAGGACAGAUCCUCUGGUUCAGAGGACUCAACCGCAUUCAGACUCAGAUCCGCGUUGUGAAUGCAUUCCGUAGCUCCCUCUAUGAAGGCCUGGAAAAACCAGACUCCAGAUCAUCCAUCCACAACUUCAUGACACACCCCGAGUUUAGGAUAGAAGACUCCACGCCCAACCUCCCCCUCAUCGACGACACGGACGAUGACUCCGCUCGGAGGAGGGGGAAGUACUCCAGCCAGCCCUCGUCCCCCAACAAGAAUAACGCCAUCGACAGUGGCAUCAACCUCACCAUCGACACCAGUAGAUCAGCCGCCUCCUCCGGCCCCGCCACCCCUCUUCACAGCCUGGAGACCAGCCUCUAACCCCCUUCCUGACCUCCGCUCUGACCUCUCAAGUCCUUUCCUUGCAGUCUGGGGGAAAACUCCUCCAAUACCUGCCACAUCUUUAAUCUGCAACCCCAAAAAUCUCCCCUGUCCAGUCCACCAAAACCCAUUUACUCCCCUACA